AAAGAUUUAAAAAAAAAGAUCGUUUGUUCAUUUGUCGUCUAGGAAAUAAUUAUUUAUUUAUUUACAUAAAGCGUACUUCUUUGUCUGUUUGUUCUAUAAUAAUCUGUACCAGAAAUUACGACAACAAAAAAGCAUAAAAUAAAUAAUUAACGAAAAUCCAAAAACAAUAAAUUAACUACUCCCUCCUCCAUACCCAUGUAGCAAAGCAAAAUGCAGGCAAAUGUCGAAAAUAAUUAAAGAAAACCCGAAAAGAUUGCAUUGUAGUGGAUUUUUGUUGUAAAAAUUAUCUUUAAAUAUAUUCAAUUUGUGUAUUAUUACAAGAACCCAAAAACAAAAAAAAGUAAAACAAAACAAAACAUAAUUCAAGAUUAUAAAAUAGACCUAAUUUUCAACAACAGCUUUUAGUCGCUUUCACACAUUCCCCUAGUACUUCGUUCGCACUUGAUUCUCUGCUGCAGUAUUGUAUUGAAAUUCAAAUCGAGUAUUUGAAUUUCCUAAAUUGUUUCUAAAAGAAUUCUGUUAAAAAAUAUGAUCAAUUUUGGCUGGUCUACAAAACUAAACCGCAACUUGCGUGUUGGUAGUACCAAAUUGGACUAUUCAUAUCAAAAUUAAAUAAAGUUAACUUAUCCGCCCAUAAAAAACGAAAUUUUUUUAUGAUCAACCAAGUUCAAGGAACAAGUGUUAUUAGUGAAAUAAAUGUGUAUAUACUUAUAGUAUAGAGUGUGUUUUCAAGAAUAUAUUCUAUAUAUUAAACGAAAAUAUAUUGCAAUUAUCCAUAAUGAAGGGUAUACAACAACGUCGUAAAUAUUAUGGAUCAUUGGAUGAUACGGUUAUAACGAUCGAAGCUGAUGAGAGUACACCUCUAUUGGCGGAUCAUUUAAUAUGGCCGGACAACAACAAUAACAGUAAUAAAAGUGACAAUGAAUCGGAAAAGCCAACCUUAAAAUAUGGUGUAUCGUCUUGGUCAUUUGGCAGCAGUAACGCGAGUAGUAAUGGCAGUGAUUAUAGUGCCUUCAGUACAAAAUCAUUUAAAAGUCAUUUUACAGAAUUGAGAGUAUUGUUAUUUGCAUUGAUCUUAACAGCUGCACUAAGCAUUGCCAUUUAUUUACUUGUAAUUGAAUCACGUUUACCAUCUAUAACAUUAUCCUUGGACUUGGUUAGUCAUGAUAUCUGGAGUCACAAAACUAUACCAAAAUUUAGUCAUCUUCAACAUAAUAAUGUUGAUCAUAUAAUACUCAUGCAAACUGGAAACAGCAACUGUGAUACAUCUGGCGAGUGUUUGAAAGUCUUAAAAGAAAUGCAGAAUAAGAAAUUAAACCAACCAGAAGAACUACCAUAUAAUUUUUUAAUCGGAGGUGAUGGUCAGGCAUAUGAAGUAAGAGGCUGGCAAUAUGAGAGCAGUAUGAAAGGUGUACCACAAGAACGUUCACUAGUAAUAGGUGUAAUUGGUAAUUUUGACCACAAUACACCCAAAAGAAUUCUAUUACAAACUGCUCAGUCUCUGAUACAAGAAUCUGUAAAACGUCGUAUGGUAAAUAGAAAUUAUGAAAUUUAUGGACUUCGUCGUAAUGACCAUGACCGAAACGAGGGUCAAGAACUUUUCUCAGAGAUAAUGAAUUGGCCUAAAUUUAGUGGUUUCCUUACUAAAUUCUAAUGAUUUUUUUAACAUCAACAAAAUUAUGCUAAAAGUACAAAAUUUAUAGAUUUAAGUUUUUUCUCAUAAUAUAAAAUAUAUGGUAGUUAUAAUUAUUAAAUUAAGUUUAUAUUUAAAAUAAUUGAAAAUUAUUAAUUAAAAUUUAAAAAAUUUACAAAA